AUGUUCUCCAUUGCUGCUGCAUUUAUGAACGUUGACACUGAUACUCAAUGGGCCUACAUGGAAGGCUUCCAAGCAAAGAAGGAUUACCUGAAAACCCAAGUUGGGAAUCCAGAGGGCGCUGAUCUCCCCAACAAGGAAUGCUACGCCUGCCAAGAUCUCCAGAACGUCAACGUACUUUAA